AUGCCUACAAAAAAGAAAAAAACAAGACAGAGUGGAGAAGAGGAAACCAAAGAUGUGGAUGACGAAGGCUCAGAGGAUCAGGAACCAAAGCCCAAGAAGAAAAAGGCAGAUGUGAGGAGCACCAAGAAAAAAGGGAGGGAUAAUCAAAAGGUCAAGAAGAAGAAGAAGAAGAAGAAGAAAGCUAAUGAGGAGAGCGGGGAUGAGUUGAGCAAUGACUCACAGGAUACUGACAAUGGAGACAACAACAAUGAAUCCAAAGGGAAAAAGAAAGCAGAAAAACUCCCCAAUUUGAUUGAGACCACUAAGAAAGGAUCAAGACGGUCCUCGGACAAAGAUAAAAUGCCAAAGGAUAAAAAAUCCAGCAAGGACAAAGGGGAAGAACAUACAGCUGGGGAUGAAGAAGGUAAAAAGAAAAAAAAAGAAAAAAAGAAGAAAGGUUCAGAUAAGGGAGAUAGCGAUGAUGAAACCAAGAAGACCAAGGGAAAAAAGAAGAAGAUUGAAAAUUAUGUUGAAAUCUAUGAAAACGAGCUUCGCAACUACGAGCCAGAAAAAGUGGAGAGCUACGAGGAUGAGUAUCACAAAAAGAAAAUAUAUGAGGUGGUGAUCAUCACUGGCGAUGAGAGAGGAGCAGGCACCGACGCCAACGUGUUUGUCACUCUAUUCGGAGACUAUGGCAUCACUCCCAAAGUCCACCUGGCCAGCAACACAGAGAAGAGGAGUCGCACAGCAUUCGAAAGAGGAAAAACUGAUGUGUUCAGAAUCAGAACUCACAAUGUUGGAUCUUUGAAAAAGAUAAGGAUUGAACAUGACAACACGGGCCUGAGCGCCAACUGGUUCCUGGACCGGGUGGUGGUGACGGACGUGAUCCGGCCUCACCUGAGGUUCUACUUUGCCUGUAACAACUGGUUCAGUAAGGUGGAGGGAGACUGCCUCUUUGUCAGAGAUCUGCUGGGUAGCAUGGACCCCAUGGACAUUCCCAAAUAUAAUAAGUAUAUAGUGAGUGUUUUCACUGCGGAUGUGAAAGGCAGUGGAACAGAUGCAGAUGUUUUCAUCAACAUAUUUGGGGAGUUUGGAGAUACAGGUGAAAGACGACUUGACAAUGACAAAAAUAACUUUGAAAAGGCUACAGAGGACAAGUUCACCAUCGAGGCACCAAACUUGGGCAAAGUGAGGAAGAUCACCAUUGGCCAUAAUAACAAAGGCUCUUCAGCAGGAUGGUUUGUGGACAAGGCGGUAGUGGAUGAUAUGGGAAACAAAAUAGUUUAUGAAUUCCCAAUGAAUCGUUGGUUUGCCAUCGAUGAGGAUGAUGGGAAGAUACAGAGAGACAUUUUGGUGGGGGGCAGUCAGCCCACAGGUAUUGUGUACAACGUCCAGGUCGUGACAGGAAACAUCCGAGGUGCCGGGACCAACUCCAAAAUCCACAUUGUGAUGCACGGCUCAAAAGGCCAAAAGAACAGUGGCAAGGUGUUUUUGGAAGGAGGAAAGUUUGAGCGGUGCCUGACAGACAUCUUUAAUGUUGAGAUCGCUGCGCUGCUCAGUCCCCUCAGCAGAGUCACCAUCGGACACGACAACGACGGAGUCAGUGCUGGGUGGUACUGUGAGAAGGUGGUGGUGUUCUGUCCGUUCACCGGGAUAGAGCAGACCUUCCCAUGCUGCAAAUGGCUGGAUGAGAAGGAGGGAGAUGGUCUGAUAGAAAGAGAGCUCCAUGAGAUGGUCUCACUCAGGCAGAAGAGACAGAAGAAGCAUCCCUGGUCCUUGUGGAUCUGGACGUCAGACCUUCCCAGUGCAGGAACCGAUGCAGACAUCUCCUUCCAGGUGUACGGAGACAAGGGCAAGAGCGAUGAGACCAGACUGGGCAACAAAACAGACAAUUUUGAGCAGGGACAGGUGGACAAGUUUAUGGUUGAGCUGCCUGAUUUGGGAAAACUGAUCAAACUACGUAUCUGGCACGAGAAGAGAAAUCCUUUCGCUGGAUGGCAUCUCAGUAAGGUAACUAUGAUGAAGACAUUAACAAAGGAGAAAUAUAAUUUUCCUUGUGAGCGCUGGCUGGACGUAAAUGAAGACGAUAACGAGGUUGUGAGGGAGCUUUCUGCCACAGGAGACUUUAACGCUGAGCCCCUGCCCGUAAUAAAAUACAGGGUGACAGUUUGCACAGGGAGUAUCGGCGGCAGUGGCACAGAUGCGUCUGUGUUUUUAAAUCUAAUAGGAGACCUGGGAGACAGUGGAAAUCGGGACAUGGUCAACUGCAAAAACAACGUCAACAAGUUUGAGAAAGGAAACUAUGAUGAGUUUAUAGUGGAGUCAGUAUCCAUUGGGCAGGUCCGCAGGGUAAGGAUUGGACAUGACGGUAAAGGUGGAGGUUGUGGCUGGUUCCUGGAUAAAGUCAUUGUAAGAGAAGAUGGACAGGCUGAGGCUCAAGCUGUGGAGUUCCCCUGCAACAGGUGGCUGGACCGUAAUGAGGAUGACGGACAGAUAGUCAGAGAACUAGUGCCAUUUUCUGAUGGACAGCGUCUUUACAACGUUGACUAUCACAUUGCUGUGAAGACGGGCAGUAUCCCUGGGAGCAGCUCGGACUCCAAUGUGUUUGUGAAGCUCUACGGAGAGAAAGGUGACACCAGUAAGAUCCUGCUGUUGGUCUCUGACAACAACCUUGGGAACUACUUUGAGACAGGUCGCGUUGACAUCUUCGUCGUGGAAACUUAUGACAUUGGAAAGAUAAAUCGUCUGUUGAUUGGCCACACCAAUGAAGGCAUGCGGGCAGGCUGGUUCCUGGACAGCGUUCAGCUCAUGGUUCCAGUCCACGGGAAGCAGUACAUGUUCCCCAGUGACCGCUGGCUGGACACGUCCGAGGCCGACGGCAAGACAGAGGUGGAGAUCUACCCGAGCGAGACCCUGGACAUGGAACAGCUGAUUAACUAUGAGGUAACGGUAGUAACUGGAGAUGUGACCUUUGCUGGCACCAACGCCGGAGUGUUCAUCCAGAUCUUUGGGGACAAGGGGAAGACAGAGGUCCUCACGCUCGCAAGCAGAUCCAACAACUACGAGCGAAACACCACAGAAAUAUUCAAGCUAGAGGCCAAAGAUGUAGGGAAGGUCUUUAAGAUCCGCAUCGGUCACGACGGCUCGGGGAUCGGAUCUGGCUGGUUCCUGGAGACGGUGGACGUCAAACAUCUCAUCAUGGCCUUGGAGGACGGGGAGCUGUUGGUUGAGCUGCUCCCCGAGGAGGCAGAGGAUCUGGAAGUCAACACCUAUGAAGUGUGCGUCUUCACUGGUGACACGCUGGGAGCCGGGACUGACGCCAACGUCUUCAUCAAUAUUUAUGGAGAAAACGGAGACACCGGAGAGCGUUAUCUGAAGAACUCAGACAACAUCAACAAAUUUGAGCGGGGGCAGGAGGAUGUUUUCAUCAUCACAGCUGUUGAACUGGGUCCUCUGAAGAAGCUGCGGAUCCGUCAUGACAAUUCUAAUUCUCAUUCAUCUUGGUACCUGGACCGUGUUGAGAUAGUGGACACAAAGGAUGAUACGACGUACUAUUUCCCUUGUACCCGCUGGCUGGCAGUGGACGAGGACGAUGGACAGAUAGCGAGAGAGCUGGUUCCUGUGGACGAGGCCUUCAUGAAGAAGGACGAAGACGAGGAUUCAGGCGCCACUCUGGGCCUCGAGCAGAAAUCCAUGUCAACUACAUACACUCUCAAAAUAAAAACCGGAGAAAAGAAGUAUGCCGGAACUGAUGCUAACGUGUUUGCCAUCCUUUUUGGUGAAAAUGACGACACAGGGAUCAUCAACCUUAAGGCUUGUAAGAACUACAAGAAUAAGUUUGAACAGGGGAUGAUCAAUGAGUUCACUGUGGAGGCGGUAGAUUUGGGCGACCUGGAAACAUUUCGAAUUGGGCACGACAACUCAGGAGGUUCAUCUGGUUGGUUCUUGGACUGGGUCGAGAUUGACGCCCCCUCACAGGGUCAGAGACUACGCUUCCCAUGUGGCCGCUGGUUGGAUAAAGGAGAGGAUGACGGGCUGUUUGUGAGGGAUCUUUAUCCCGCUGAUUUACAGACUGAACUCUACAUGCCAUUUGUGCCUUAUGAGAUAAAGAUAUACACCAGCGAUGUGUUUGGUGCAGGAACAGACGCUGAUGUGUUCACCGUCUUGUACGGUCAAAAGGGAGUGUGCACACAGCAGAAACACCUGUGUGUCAACAAGAGAGAGAGACGUCUGUACUUUGAGAGAGGAGCUGAGGACAUGUUUAUUGUGGAGCUGGAGGAUGUCGGAGACGUUUUAGAGAAGAUCAGGAUAGGACACGACAACAAAGGCACAAACCCAGGAUGGCACCUUGACAGAGUGGAGAUCAGACGACAGCUCAGGAAGGGAAAGGGUUCAGAAACAACCAUUUUCCCAUGCGAGUGCUGGCUGGCCAAGUCUGAAGAUGACGGGCAGACGGUGAGGGAGCUGGUCCCCUCGGACAUCAUCACAGAGAAACUCCUCAGGGAUGGGAAGCUGAAGACGACUGAAGUGGAGGUGGAGGACGCUUUGGAAACUCACAUGUACAACGUGUCUGUGCGAACAGGGGAUAUGUACGGAGCAGGAACCGAUGGCAACGUUUAUCUCACCAUCUACGGAGACCUGGGAGACACAGGAGAGCGCAAACUGGCCAAAUCUGAGAACAACAAAAACAAGUUCGAGAGAGCAGAGGUGGACAAGUUCAGCAUUGAGGCUGUGGACUUGGGCCAGGUGUUUAAGAUUCAUAUUCGUCACGACAACUCCAUGAUAGGGGCCGAUUGGAACUUGGACCAGGUGGAGGUGCUGGAUUUGGAAACAGAUGAGGUGUACAUGUUCCUGUGUGAGCGCUGGCUGUCCAAGAAGAAAGAGGACAGAAGGGUAUGA